UAGUGACUUGUAAAGCCUUAAACCCUAACUUCCAUUUGUUACCGUUCCUCUUUCCCCCAGCCUCCAUCAAUCUCUCUCUCUCUCUCUCCCCCUCUUUCUCUCUCUCUCUUUGUCCGUGGCUCGGCUGGUUUCCCUGUAACGAUGGUGAAACACUACAGGCCUCCCGGAAAGAAAAAGGAAGGGAACGCUGCUAGGUACAUCACCAGGUCGCAGGCAGUCAAGCAUCUUCAAGUCACUCUUCCUCUUUUCAGGAGACUGUGCAUUCUCAAAGGCGUAUUCCCCCGGGAGCCAAAGAAGAAGGUGAAAGGAAAUCACCACACGUAUUAUCACGUGAAGGAUAUUGCAUUCCUGCAGCAUGAACCCUUACUUGAAAUAUUCAGAGAUAAGAGGGCAUACGAGAAGAAGAUAAAGAAAGCUGAGUCAAAGAAGAAUCCAGACCUCGCAAAUCGUUUGCGAACCCGCAUACCUACUUAUACGCUGGAUAGGAUUAUUCGGGAGAGGUAUCCAAAGUUUGUUGAUGCACUCCGAGAUUUGGAUGACUGUCUCACGAUGGUGCACCUUUUUGCAGCAUUACCUGCAUUGGAGAGGGAAAAAUUGGAAGUGGACCGUGUUCAUAACUGUCGAAGGCUGAGUCAUGAAUGGCAAGCAUACAUAUCUCGCGUUCAUAAAUUGCGAAAAGUAUUCAUAUCUGUAAAAGGCAUAUAUUAUCAGGCCGAGGUCGAAGGUCAAAAGGUCACAUGGUUGACCCCUCACGCUCUGCAGCAAGUUUUGCCUGAAGAUGACGUUGACUUCAAUGUCAUGCUAACUUUUCUUGAAGUUUAUGAGACUCUUGUCACCUUUGUAAAUUUUCACCUUUAUCAUUCAAUAAAUGUGAAGUAUCCACCCAUUCUUGAUCCUCGACUGGAAGCGUUAGCAUCAGAUCUUUAUGCAUUGUCAAGAUACUUUGAUGCAAACUCUAGGACUUCUAUGGUGGAUCCCCAAGCGUCCAAUACGUCUGGAUCUGAACAAGUUGAGGCCCAGCAGAAGGGGACACCACCUGAUGAGUCCGAGCUAAGACUAGCUCAACUCCAACAUCAUCUUCCUUCAAAUGAACCUGGUGCACUGAUGCGCCUUGUGGAGGAUGUUGCUGGUGAGGAUGAAGAAGAUGAAGAUACAAGGGAGUGCAAAAAACUCUUUAAGAAUCUGAAAUUCUUCUUGAGUCGUGAGGUUCCUAGAGAGUCUUUACUUUUUGUUAUUCCUGCUUUUGGUGGUGUUGUUUCUUGGGAGGGAGAGGGGGCUCCAUUCAAUGAAGCUGAUCAGAGCAUUACUCAUCAGAUUGUUGACCGGCCAACACAAGGCCAUAAAUUCCUCUCCAGAGAAUAUGUGCAACCUCAAUGGGUGUAUGAUUGUGUAAAUGCACGUAUCAUUCUGCCAACUGAGAAUUAUAUGGUGGGAAGGGUUCCUCCACCACACUUGUCGCCUUUUGUCGACAAUGAGGCUGAAGGUUAUGUUCCUGAGUAUGCGGAGACCAUAAAACGGUUGCAGGCUGCUGGUAGAAAUGAAGUCCUUCCACUACCGGGUGUGGGGAAAGAAGAUUUGGAAGAUCCUCAGAAAUUACUGGUUGAAGGUAUUAUUGACCGGGCAGAAGCUAAUGAAGCUGCUGAGAGAAAGCGGAAGAUGAUUCUUGAGCAGAACCGUUAUCUUGAUGAAUUGAAAAUGGAAGUUGAUGGUGUCCGGUCUUCUUCAACUGUCCCAGACAACAAGCAGACUUCUAAAGUGAAGAAGGCUGGGGAAGAAUCUGAUCCUGAUAUACAACGGGUUGUCCAGGAUCAUGCAAACAUGUCAAAGGUUGUGAUGUCACGUAAUAAGAGGAAGCUUUAUGAAGCCAUGGAGAUUGGUAAAAAGCGGAAGCAGGCUCAUGUUGAUCUUCUCAAGGAACGGAAGAGAAAAAUUGAAGGAGCUAAGAAGUCCGGGGAGACUUGAAGUGCCCUUGGAAUUUGCAUGUGUUGAAUUUAUUGCCUGACUUCUUGUCUGUGAUAUUUGGUUAGAUAGCUAUUUAUUUACUUGAUUACCUUAAGCUAUAUAACGACGCAUAUUAAGUUGAACAUUG